AUGUCACCCCGUCGUUCCUCUCGGGCUCGCACGUCCCAACCCUCUCCUGCUCUCCCUCAGCACACCAACUCCUCCUCCAGCUCCUCCAAUUCUCACACUCGAGAGAGGAGCACACGAUCGAACCAUAAAAAUCCCUCCCCCAACGCUUCGUCCGGUCACCGGUCUCAGUCCAUCGAUGAUGCUGAAUCCGGAUCGAAAGACCUGCCACAAACGCGGCAGCGCCAGCGCGCCCACGAUGACGAUGACGACGAUGCCCGCGACGAAGAUGACGAAGACCUCGAUGAUGAGGAGGAAGAAGUAACUCGGUGUCUCUGUGCUCAGCAGGAAUAUCCAGGUUUGCCUCAAUCUCGUCGCGAGGCUCUCGGUCGCGGCACCAUCAAGCUGGAGGCCAUCCAGGGCCCCCUUGACCCAUCGGACCCUCUUACAGACGAAAUCGGCAGCAUGUUCAUCCAGUGUGAUCUCUGCAAAGUCUGGCAGCAUGGUGGCUGCGUCGGAAUCAUGGAUGAGGCGACAAGUCCCGACGAAUAUUUCUGUGAGGAGUGCCGGAAAGAUUUGCACAAAAUCAAAGACGAACCUAAUGGCACACGCUCAUCCACCUACCUUCCUGUCGCACCGGCAGCGGCACCGCCCCCGCCGCCUCCUCCUCCGCCUCUACCAGCCCCUCCAGCGCAGCCCGCAGUAUCCCCCGCGGUGCCAGCGGUAGCCCCAUCUCCAGCGCCGUCUUCUCGGGCUUCCUCGAGAGAGAUCCCCAGGGAAAUCUCGCGCCGGUCCAAGGAUCCCAAAUCCCGCAGCAGCGACAAAGCGAGUGAAAGUGCCGCUGCUCAUGCCAAGCGGCGAUCUACCAUGAACAGCCGCGAUGCCGCGUACGAUGAGGAAGAAUUGAUUCGACGCGCAAUUGAGGAGAGCAAGGCCGACACGAAAAGCAACCCCGAUGAGAAUGAGACUCAUUUGGGAAAGCGAAGUCGGAGUGAGAGCGCAACCAACAGGGAUGGAGCAAAACGCCCGCGAACUACGUCACCAUCACCUGGCGCUGUGUCAAAGCGCAGCAAAUCCGGAUCCCAUCCACCUUCCGAGGAUGCGCCCAAACAAAAGCCCGCAGUCAACGGGAACGGGACCAGGAGACAAAGGGCUCCGUCUCGCACCCAGCUCGAUAAAGAGCAACCCAAAGAGGCCGACGAUGUUGAGACGGAGGCUCCUGAAGCGUCGAAUCGUCGCAAGGAGAGAACUACCCGUCGCAAAGGAGAUGAUUCCGACAAUGAGACUGGUUCUCCAAUCAAGACCGCACCACCCGAGCCUGAAGCUACACAGGCAAGCCCUAAUACCCCAACACCCCAAGAGCCCACUCCUGCGCGGCCAUCAACCCGCAAAUCCGGCCGGCCUCCCGCACGCCGUGGUCGCGUUGGACGAAAUCAAUAUACCAAAGACCGAGAUACCAAUGGCAAUGGUGAUGCCGGGUACAUGGCGAACUCGCCGCGCCGAGGCCAAUCCCACGAGAUUGGCGCAGACUCCCCGCGCGUCGGAUACGGAGUGAACGGAACCCACAUGAACGGCGGGGAGUCCGGACGACCCAGCAAACCGCGCCACAUGCACCCCCAGCGAACGACGAUGAACGAGAUGAAACGCCGAGUCGCAGCGAUUCUCGAAUUCAUCUCGCGCAUGCAAGUCGAAAUGGCAGUCGCCAGCGAGAACUCGUCCACGCCGACCGGUAACGGCGACCGAGCACAGGGCCUGCUUUUGAAAAGCAUGGUUGAUCAAAUCGACAGUGCCAUGCCGUCGGCCGGCAGCGACGGCGGCGAGUCCGCGCCUGCGACCACAGAUGGCGGAUACGGCGAGUCGAACCACGAGAAAGACUUCAAGGAACUCAGCAGCGUCGAGAUGAUGGAUGUGCUGACUCGCCAUCUGCUCAAGUGGCAGCAGGAGUAUGGCAAGUUUGGUGAACGGUAG